AUGGGUCAAUUAUGUAUUGAAAAACCAAAACAAAAACACCCAGAAAAUACUUUGCAGGAACUUAAUUAAAAACCUUAAAAUUAACCCUAAACAUAAGAAUCAUCACUAUUAAAUCCAAAUUUGACAGAAUAGGAAAUAAAGGAAAAAACUUAGAUUAAAUUGUUGGAUUCUGUAAACACUCAUUAAAAUUAAGCUAUUCAUGAUAUCUAUUAAAUACUUUCUCCUCCAUUAGGGAGUGGUAAAACUGUUUUUAAUCUAAGGAUCUUAUGCGGAAGUGCGAAUGGGUAUACACAAAGUUUUAGGUAUUACAAGAGCAAUUAAAAUAAUAUCUAAAUUAAAGGCUUCAAAUGAAGAAAUUACUAGGGUUCUACAUGAAGCAGAAAUACUGAAAAAGUUAGUAAGUAAUAUUUGAAUUAGGAUCAUCCAAAUAUAGUGAAGAUUCUAGAGAUUUACUAAAAUUCAUAAUAGAUUUUUAUAGUAACAGAAUUAUAUACUGGAGGAGAAUUAUUCGAUGCAAUAGCAGAAUCUUAACAUUUUUCAGAGAAGGAGGCAUCAACAAUAUUAAAAUAGGUAUUAUAAGGAUUAAAUUAUUGUCAUCAACAUAAAAUAGUACAUAGAGAUAUAAAACCAGAAAACAUAGUUUUUGAAAGUAAAGAUAAAAGAGGAACAAUAAAAAUUAUUGAUUUUGGUACUUCAAGGAUAUUUGAUCCACAUUAAAAAAUGAAUCAAAAAAUAGGGACGGUAAAUCUUUAUUUUUAUAUUUAGCCAUACUAUAUAGCACCAGAAGUAUUAAAAAAAAAAUAUGAUGAAAAAUGUGAUAUAUGGUCAUGUGGAGUUUUAGCUUAUAUUUUAUUAUGCGGUUAUCCACCAUUUAAUGGAAAAUCUGAAGCCAAAAUUUUAGAAAAAGUUGAAUAAGGGAAUUAUGAUUUUAAUUCAGAAGAAUGGGACAUUAUCACUGAAUAAGCUAAAGAUUUUAUUUCUAAAUUAUUGGAAAAAGAUCCUUUUAAAAGAUACACUGCUGAAUAAGCACUUAAACAUACAUGGAUUGUAUAAUAAAAUGAUGAUAUUUAAAAUUAAUUGCCUCAAAUAGAUAGAUAUUUAAAAAACAUGAAGACUUUUAAAGUAAGUAUAUUUUUAAUGUCUAAUUAGUCAACUAAAUAAAUUCAAUCUGCAAUUUAUUAGUAUAUAGUAAAUUAAUUUUCAACUUAAGAAGAUAAAUCAGAAUUGUUGAAAACCUUUAAAGCUUUAGAUACAAAUAAUGAUGGUUAAUUGAGUAGAUAAGAAUUAUUAAUUGGUUUAAAGAAGAUUAUGAAUGAAGAUGAAGCAAUUGAAGAAGUAGAUAGAAUAAUGAAAGAUAUUGAUUAAAAUAAUUCAGGAUCUAUAGAUUAUUCUGAAUUUGUUGCUGCCUCUAUUAAUAGAACAAAAUUUUUAUCUCAAGAUCGUUUAUCUAAAACAUUUAAAGCAAUAGAUAAAGUAAAAAUAAAAUUUAUAUAAGGAUGGAAAUGGUUAAAUAAGUAUAGAUGAAUUGAAAUUGAUUUUUGGAAAUGGAUUAGUUCCAGACUAAAUUUGGAAAUAAAUAAUGCAUGAAGUAAAUGAUAAAGAGGAAAUAAGCUUCUAAGAUUUUUCAGAAUUGAUGUAAAAUUUGGCAUUUUGA